GGCAUAGAACAUAUAAAGCGCGGAUCUUUGGGUGAGGGGCACGACAAUAUCAUGAACCCAUCGCCGAACACCAGCGAAGGCCCGCAGGCGCCGACAGGACUGCACCGGAGCGAUGCGGAUGAGGACGACGAGAACGUGAAGCAGCUUCGUGAAUGCUCUUCUCUCUACUUAGCGUUGCAGGAUUGCUUGGUGAAUUCAAACAGGAACUGGAGAUCUUGUCAGAAAGAAGUUCUUGCUCUGAAGACGUGUAAUGAGAAGCUGAAGAAAUGACCAGAUGUGAUGAUGAUAAUCACUUUCCCCAUUGUUUUCUUACAUUUUGAUAAUAAACUAAAAUGCUUAGGAAAUUUUCUUCUUCAUUGAUUUGUAAAUUCUGUUGAAAUUCUAUGUUAGAAGUUGCAAUUGAGGCAAUGAUGAACUCAGAGUUUCGAAUUUUCUAUGCCUAAGGAAAUAAGUUUUGCAUAAUCAGUCUUUGGAACAGUUCUUCUGUAGAUUAUAUAGUGAGUUUCUAUUGAGAAUCAUCUCUUAGCACCGGUUAGAUAGAAGUUUCGAAAGUUUUGAAACUUCGACAAAUCGAUGUGAUAAAAAGUUAUUGUUGAUGAAUAAUGUCAAAAAUUCAUAAAGUAUUUAGGUAAAUGUAGCCUUGUACAUAUACUUCUUGGAAUUAGGUGUUGUCGACAGUUAUGCGAAAUGACAGACUGUUGGCAUUUUUUAUAGCCAUAUAUCUUUCUGUGGCGAAUGCCGGAGGAACAGGGGACGGCACAAGUUAAAAUUUGUACUGUCACCAAUAAUGGCUCUCAUUGUUAGCACUGUGUGGCUGUUGUUUUUUAAGACAUGUCCCGACUGCAGCAUUAGAAAACCGAAAUUGUCUCUGAAACUAUAGGAAAGUGUUCGACAAGCAGAGGUGUCACCGUUAUUUUUGCGAA